AUGGUGACUUCCAGCAGUGAUUAUUCUUUUAGCUCUUCUGAGGAGGAUUCCAAAAACCCUGUGGCUAAAGCACGUGCCAAUACGGAUCAUGCUAAGAACAUAAUAAAUAACAUGUCCCUCAAUGAGAUAAAAGAUGCUCGUGAUGAGCUCUUGAAGAGGAAAGCCAGGGAGGAGAUAAUUGUUGAGUAUCGAGAGAAGAGACGUAGAAUUCAGCGGAAAACACUAGAAGCUGAGGAGAGACUCCGAUCCCGUCCUGAUGGUGUAGCCUCAGACUCUGAUGCUGAAGAAGAGGAACCUGUAUGGGAGCCGAUGGAACACAAAAGUAGUCCAUAUCCACCGCACAGGGAGAUUGAGCGACAUGUUAAGGCUGAUCUCCAGGCUGAACGUGACGAAGAAGACUACUGGGACGCAAUAAAUGGUGAUCUCGUCGAGGAAGAAUUCUCUAGUUUAGACAGUGAUUCUGCGAAAGAGUCUGAAGAGGAUUCUUCGGAGAAUGAUGAUGAUGAUGACGAAUCAGAUGACUCUGACGAUUAG